AGUUCCGGGGUGGUGGGCGCUGGUGUUUGGGUCUGUGCCGCCGGGACUGUGGCCUGUCAAGUGAUUGCACAGGUCGGGAGCGAGCCGGGACUGCCGGCGGCGUGAGCCUAUUUACAGCGUUCUCACCCGCAACGCUCCCAGGCCGUGUUGGCUAGGAUUGCAAAUAGCUUGUCUUCCCUGACGUCACAGCACAUGACGCAUGCGCAUGCUUCGCGCAUGCUGUGUUGUGUUUUUUCCGUCUCAGCGGCAGGAGCAAUGGUGCUCCAUUUGGUGCCCAGAUGUUCUGCAAGGCUCUUCUGGGCAUCAGCAGGAUGGAGGAGGACCCACAUUCAGGGAGCCUCAGUGGGGCUGAAGUGGCUGGGUUGCCCUCGGGAUUCGUACAACCCGUUGGCUUGCAGAAGGUACUCUUCCGUCUCCGGCAGUCCUGAGGUGAUGCUGACCUCUGAGCGAUACCCAGUGCAACGGCUGCCGUUUUCCACUGUGUCUGAGGAGGACCUGACUGCCUUUGAACGCAUCAUACCUGGCAGAGUGAUCACAGACCCCGAGCAGCUGGAGGCAUGCAAUGUGGACUGGCUGAGGAGCGUUCGCGGCUGUAGUAAAGUGUUGCUGAGGCCCCAGACCACCGAGGAAGUGUCCCAGAUUCUUAGGCAUUGCCAUAAGAGAAACUUGGCUGUGAACCCACAAGGGGGGAACACUGGCAUGGUGGGGGGCAGUGUCCCCGUCUUUGAUGAAAUCAUCCUGUCCACUGCCCUCAUGAACCAAGUCAUCAGCUUUCAUGAUGUAUCCGGAAUUCUGGUCUGCCAGGCAGGCUGCGUGCUGGAGGAGCUGAGCCAGUAUUUGCAGGAGCGGGACUUCAUCAUGCCCCUGGACUUGGGAGCCAAGGGCAGCUGCCACAUUGGGGGUAAUGUGGCAACCAAUGCUGGUGGUCUGCGCUUUCUGCGAUAUGGCUCACUUCGAGGGACUGUCCUGGGCCUGGAAGUGGUACUUGCUGAUGGGACCAUCCUGAACUGCCUGACCUCCCUGAGGAAGGAUAACACAGGCUAUGACCUGAAACAGCUGUUCAUUGGGUCAGAGGGCACCCUGGGAAUCAUCACUGCUGUGUCCAUCUUGUGCCCACCCAGGCCCAAGGCGGUGAACGUGGCUUUCCUCGGCUGCCCUGGGUUUGCCGAGGUUCUACAGACAUUCAGCACUUGCAAGGGGAUGCUGGGCGAGAUCCUGUCUGCAUUUGAGUUCAUGGAUGCUGAGUGCAUGAAGUUGGUGGGACAGCACCUCCACCUGACCAACCCAGUCCAAGAGAGUCCAUUCUAUGUCCUUGUUGAGACCUCAGGUUCUAGUGCGGGACAUGAUACCGAGAAGCUGACCAGCGUUCUGGAGCAGGUGCUGAACUCUGGCCUGGUGAGCGACGGCACCAUUGCCACGGACCAGAGGAAAGUCCAGAUGCUGUGGGCCCUGCGGGAGAGGAUUACAGAGGCGCUCAGCCGUGACGGCUACGUGUUCAAGUAUGACAUUUCCCUCCCAGUGGAACAACUCUAUGACCUCGUGAUCGACCUGCGCACCCGUGUUGGCCCUCGUGCCAAACAUGUGGUUGGAUACGGGCACUUGGGGGAUGGUAACCUUCACCUGAAUGUGACGGCAGAGGCCUUUAGCCAGGAGCUGCUCGGUGCCUUGGAGCCCUACGUGUAUGCCUGGACAGCUAAGCAGCGGGGCAGUGUCAGUGCCGAGCACGGGCUAGGCUUCAAGAAGAAGAACGUCCUCGGCUAUAGCAAGCCGCCUGUGGCUGUGAAGAUGAUGCACCAGCUCAAGGUCCUGCUGGACCCCAAAGGCAUCCUGAACCCCUAUAAGACUCUGCCCGCUCAGGCCUAGCUGGAGCUUUUCAUCUUGUUGCUGCAAGAUGCCGGGACCUUGGGCAUGGUUGAUAGGCCUUGCGGCCUGCCAUCUGAUGACACCUGCAACAGACCAGGUGUCAUUGGGUAGCCAGGAGCCAACUCUGAGGACCCCUCUGGACUGGGCUGCCUUUCUGUGAGUUGAGCAGAGUAGACAGAGCCGACCGGUCCCUUCUCUAGUCUCCUGCCAGCUCGUUGUGGACAGACUAAGUGGGCGGGCAGUUUCUCCACUCCCAAACAGGCCCACUCUCGCCUGCUCUGUCGUGGUCUGGAGACCGCCUUGUUGCAGCUCCUGGAGGAGUGCGGUGUGAUCUCGUUACCGAAUGGAUCCCUGCGUGAAGUGUGUGCCCAGUGAGGGCUGUGCAACCCCAGAUCAGUUACCAUUAUGACCCAGAAUGCCACGACUCAUUCACAUGGAGCUGAGUGGAAUCUGCUGUCUCACCAAGCAGGUCUUGGAUGGGCAACUGAUCAGGCAGACCAUAUGUCUUGUUUUGGUUUGUUUUUUUGUUUUGUUUGUUUGUUUCGUUCAGCCCUAGCUAUCCUGAACUUACUGUGUAGGCCAGACUGACCUUUCACUCAGAGGUCCUCCUACCCGUGCCUCUGCCUCCUGAGUGCUGGGAUUAAGGGCCAGUGCCACGGCACCCUGCUUACCUUGUUCCUGAAGGCCUGUCUGGUUGAUGAGCAGGUGUGGUGGGUUGUGAACGCUUGCAGAAUUUGACAUUACUGGCAUGGGACAAUCUCCAGACUGAAGUGAUAGAGGUGACUUUCAGUUGUGGGCCUGCCUACACCUGUCCUCUAGGACUUUGCCCGGUCUCCUGACCUAGAUUCCUGGCAGUCUGGGAGGCUGAACACACCUGUCUCCUCUUUUGCUAUCGCCAAUUUCCAGAAAAGAAAGCUUUGAAUUAUAA